UUCCGCUCGUUACCCGGCAGCAGAGCCCCAUCCGAAUCCGCCAAUAUAUGGAGAAAUUCCGGCAAUUCGUGGCGUUUCUCUUGGUCGCCCUGUUGAUGGGGAUUCUCUCCAUCGCCACGGUUCUGAUCUGGGUACUUAAUUGGAGAGGGGGUCUGGCAUGGGACGCGGGACUGCUUGAAUUUAACUGGCACCCAGUGCUCAGCACAACAGGGUUCAUCGUCCUCAACGGAUUCGCACUGAUAAUUUAUAGACUACCCUGGACAUGGAAUCUCAGUAAACCUCUCAUGAAGAACAUUCAUGCUGGCCUGAAUAUUACAACCUUUACUCUUAUGGUCAUUUCACUUGUGGCAGUUUUUGACUUUCAUAACUCCAAGAAGAUUCCCAACAUGUACAGUUUACACAGCUGGAUUGGAUUGGCUGCAAUUAUUAUGUACACUUUGCAGAUAGUAUUAGGGUUGUGCAUUUUUUUGCUGCCAUUCACUCCCAUGUAUAUCAAGACAUUUUACAUGUCAAUCCAUGUGUUUGCUGGUCUAUUCAUCUUCGGAAUGGGAAUAAUUGCAGCUGAAAUGGGAAUAACUGAAAAACUUAUUUUCACUCUGCGUUCAGGAAGUAAUGUCACACUCUCAUAUUCCCAGUCACCUCCUGAGGCUAUAUUGGUCAAUGCUCUUGGAAUUUUUAUUUUAGUCUUUGGAGGAUACAUCUAUUGGAUUGCCACACAACCAGAAUGGAAACGCCCACUGGAACAGGUAACGGACAACACAAACACAGAAGAAGGAUCUACCUUAAACAAAACAAAUACUGCUGAAGUCAGUAUGGACUGUGUUUUGGAAAACACACCAAGAUUGAGACAAAUCAACAUAGAUGAUGUGGAUCAGAGGGCAACAUUCUAAGAAAUGAAUUGUAAUUUGCGCUAUUGCUGUUUUGAGUUUUUUUAAAUAAUUUUAAUUAUUUAAAAUCUAUUAGUAUUAAGUGGCACAAAUAACCAAAAUGUUAACUAUCUUAAAUGUCAGCUAAGGAGCUUGUUUUCCUCAAACACAAGGGCAAAAGAUUGGCCAAAAUGUUUCUCUUUUUUAUUACGCAACAAUUCAGCAUGAUCAUUAUUAAAAAUAUCACUGUAUUUACACUGUUGGUUUAUAUUUUCUACAUUAAUAACUUUGAUAUUUUCCCCUGAAUGUAUUUAUGUAUUUCCUGCAUACGUUUACGUAGUUAUAAAGGACCAAAAUACUUCUAAA